CGAUCUUUUGUGACCAUAUCAGGAACCCGGAACCCGCGCACCUGUAAGCUGACGUCAUAGGCUGAAAGUACCUGCAGCAACUCGUCCAGCUGAACCCCCUCAGUGACUGAAACUACCUUCAGCAGACAAGACAAAGGAGACGCCACGACGACAUUAUCGUGAAGGAAUAUAUUUAUCAAUUCUUUCAUUGAGGGCUUUCACUCCGAGGAAUAUUUCAACAAGAUUUACAGACUGAUGGGGACCGCUGGGUUUGCGGUUUUGGCCAUUUUAAUCGUCGUUUCACAGGCUUCAGCUGAACAGACUGCUGAGGAGCCAACAUGUGUGCCUGGAUUCAUGUCAGAUAUGAUGAUUAUCAAAGUGAACAGAAAGCAUCUGGGACAAGGCAUGAAACUUGGCAGAGUGGGCUUCACUGACUGCACAGACAUCUCAAGAGUCCUGUUCUUCAGUGUUGACAGCCGGUUCACAAUUCAACGAGAUGGCACAUUGAAGGUGAACAGACCAGUUGUUCUUCAUGAAGGACACUUAGACAUCUUAAUAAAGCUCACAGACAUGCGUGGUCACAAAAUGACUGUUACUGUCAGGGUUGUGCACAGUGGGCAUCACCAUGAGCAACAGCAUGGGCACCAUCAUGAACAACACCAUAGGGAUCACCAAGAGCAUCAAAAUGGGCAUCACCACGAGCAACAGCAUGGGCACCACCAUGAUGGUGAUCACCAAGAGCAUCAAAAUGGGCAUCACCACGAGCAACAGCAUGGGCACCACCAUGAUGGUGAUCACCAAGAGCAUCAAAAUGGGCAUAAACAUGGACAACCUCAUGAGCAUCAACAUGGGCACCAUCAUGGGGAUCAUCCAGAGCAUCAACAUGGACACCAUCAUGGGGAUCACCAAGAGAAUCAUAAUGGUAGUCACCAUGGACAACAUCACAAGCAUAAACAUGGGCAUGAGAACCACCAAAAUGUUGAGCAACACCAUGGAGACAAAAAACAUCAAAAUGAACAGCCACAACUUCCUGAAGAGGCCCCUACUGAUAUCACAGAGAGUACAGAGGAACCGCCAGUCCCUGUUCUGCUUUUCCCCAAGUCGAGUAAAGGGUUGAGCAGGAGGAAGAGAGACUGGGUUAUUCCUGAAAUCAGUAUUUCAGAGAAUGACAGAAGACAAUAUCCCAUCAAAGUAUCUCAAAUCCGUUCCAAUGAGGAUAAAUCAAAGAAGAUCUAUUACAGCAUCACUGGUCCAGGAGCUGAUCAACCGCCUGUUGGGCUUUUUAACAUGGAUCGUACCACGGGUAAUCUGUAUGUUACACAACCUCUGGACAGAGAGUUUCAAGAUAAGUACCGGUUUCAAGCGUAUGCUGUGGCUGAGGGCGCAGGAAAUGCAGAGGAGCCUAUGGAAGUUGUUGUAAAUGUUAUUGACCAGAAUGACAACCCACCAGAAUUUAAUAAAACCACCUUCGUUGGAGAAGUUCCUGAAGCCUCAAAAAUAGAUUAUGAGAUUAUUCAAGUGGGGGCAACAGAUAAGGAUCAAGAGAAAACCGACAACUCAGAUCUCCGCUACCGUAUUUUGGAUCAGGAUCCAAAGAUGCCCAGUGAUGACUUGUUUAUCAUCAACCAACUUACUGGAUGGAUCAGAGUCCUUGCUGGUGGUUUAGACAGAGAGAAAUACCCAAAGUACACUCUGAGGGUACAAGUGGCCGACAUGAGAGGAGAAGGCCUGACUUCGGAAGCGAAAGUAAUCCUUACCGUCACGGAUAGCAACGACAAUGCUCCAGUCUUCGCACAGUCCACUUAUUCGACAUCAGUUGAAGAAAAUAAAGCGGACACUCGGAUCGCGACAUUGGCAGUAACAGAUGGUGACGAGCCACAUUCCCCAGCCUGGAAUGCGAAGUUCAAGAUUGUUGAUGGUGAUCCUGGAGGAUUAUUUAUUAUCAAAACAGGAACUAACAAACAGGAAGGAAUCAUUUCAACCACCAAGGGCCUUGACUUUGAGAUGAGCGCCAAGCACACUCUGCUGGUUGAAGUGGAGAAUGACGUUCCUUUUGCCACUUCACUGCCCACUUCCACCGCCACCGUGGUGGUCGAUGUAGUGGACGUAAAUGAAGCUCCCAUCUUUGAUCCAAUCGUAAAGACUGUGUCAAAACAGGAAGAUCUUGCUCUCGGAGCCGAUGUGGUGCAGUACACUGCUUCUGAUCCAGAUACUGCACGGAAACAGAAAGUCACGUAUAAAAUAAUUCGUGACCCUGCAGGCUGGCUGGACGUGAACAAAGAUACAGGAAUGAUUAAGGUUAAAAGUUCAAUGGACAGGGAGGCCCUCUUUGUUAAGGAGGGCAAAUACACAGCACUCAUCGGUGCUUAUGACAAUGACGACGUCCCAGCCACCGGAACGGGUACUCUUUUGAUCCAGCUUGAAGAUGUCAAUGACAAUGCACCUACCAUUGUUAAUCGCACAAUCAGGGUUUGUAACAAGAAAACGGCUCCCCAGCUGUUGUCAGUGACUGAUAAAGAUGGACCCGGCUUUGCUGCUCCUUAUUCCGUCUCCUUAGACGGCCCGUCAAAGACCAACUGGACUGCAAGGAUGAACGAAACUAAAACGGGCAUCAUCCUGAAUCUAGGCACUGAGCUGCCCACAGGAGAGUACACUGUAGUGCUGAGGGUUUCAGACAACCAUGGCAUGCAUCAGGAAAGCACAGUACAGGCUAUAGUGUGUGACUGCUCUGGGGAAGAAGUGGCCUGCAAAGACAUAACAAAAACAGCUGGUAACGACCUGCCUGUAAUCCUGGGAAUACUGGGAGGAAUCCUGUUGCUGCUCAUGUUGGUCUUGCUGCUGCUGCUGCUCGCCAGACGCAGAAAAGGAGAGAAGAAUGUGCCUCUACUGCAGGAUGACGAUAUCAGAGACGACAUCUAUUACUAUGAUGAGGAGGGAGGUGGAGAGGAUGAUCAGGACUUUGAUCUGGGUAUUCUCCACCGUGGUCUGGACAACCGGCCUGAUGUAUUCAGGAACGACGUGAUGCCAAACUUCAUGCCGGCUCCUCAGUACCGGCCUCGCCCUGCCAACCCAGACGAAAUUGGCAACUUCAUUGAUGAUAACCUGAAGGCGGCUGACAAUGACCCGACAGCGCCCCCCUAUGACUCCCUGCUGGUGUUUGACUACGAAGGGGGCGGCUCUGACGCAGGCAGCCUGUCAUCUCUGAACUCGACAAGCAGCGGAGACCAGGACUACGACUGUCUCGAUGAAUGGGGGCCGCGCUUCAAGAAGCUGGCUGACAUGUACGGAGGAGGAGAAGACGACAUGCUGUAAAUCUUUCUAAGAACAAUAUGGAAGGGUGGAUGUUAGAUUGACGUAGGCAUGAACUGAUUAAUGGAUGCAUCCCAGGGAAACCACUAUCAGCCACACAUCAGUAGGCCUGCACAUGUUUUUGUUCAGUGUGAGGAUUGUGUCUCAGUUAAGUCCUAUAUGCAGUGAACUGCUCGGAAGCCAAAGGAUGAGUUUCUUUUCUUUUUUUUUUUGCUUGAGUUUCCCACAUGAAUGGUUAAACUCUGUCUGCCUGUCCUUUAGAUCCUGUUUGACUUCUGGGCUGAAGUCAAACUUCACUACUUGUGUUUACUUCUCUUCUUUGAGUUCUGGAGUCACAUCAUCUGUCUCAAUGUUGGUUUCAAGAGUCUCCAGGUGAUAUUUCAGUCUACGUUGUGUCUUUCUGGGGGAAACAGGACACGCAAGCAGAUGUUUGCAGUUGCACUGGUUAUGCUUGUGUAAUCCCGGCAAUGUAUGGUACUUUACAUUUGUUCUGUUGUUUUUGUUUUCUUUGUGGAGAUUGUACUACUGCUUCAAUUUAAUGUCAUUGUUUUUUUUGUUUGAGGAAUGAAAUGACAAGUGAUUAAAAUAAAAAGAAUCCAGGUAGCCAGCCAGUGCCGCAUUACCUCUGAGGGUGUGCUCAAUGAGUUAUAAAUAAAUGCUUUUUUAAAAAUGUUUAACUGUCCGCUCAGCUGACAUCUUCUCCAGAUUGUAAUGUCAAAAACUUUCUGCAGUUUCCUCUAAAGGUACUUUAUGACACGCUUUGUUCAUUUUGAAUUUUUUAUAAAGUUAUCUUAAUACAA